CAUUCCUCCAUCUACAAUCUGCAAGAAUUGACAGUGAGCAAGCUGACUGAAACAUCAUGGCUCCAGCAAGGACGACGGAGACCCGGCCGCCUAUCGUCAUAGGCAAUGUUGCUGGGGCGAUGGAAGACUGCCCCUAUGCAAUGCAUCGCAUGGUGACCGAAGGCUACUUGGAUGCCAUUGCCGGAGACUGGCUGUCGGAGCUGAACAUUGCCUGGAAUGCCAUCCGCAAGCACGACGACCCGACCAAGGGCUACGAGGUGGGAUUUCUCGAACAGUUGGAUGACUGCAUCGAUAUCAUCGCCGAGAAAAAGAUCAAAUGCGUCACCAAUGCCGGCGCCCUCAACACUCCUGAAUGCGCCAGAAUGGCCAUGGAGAUUUGCAAGAAGCACGGCCAGGGCCAUCUCAAGGUGGCAUAUGUCCAAGGCGACGAUAUAUCAGAAAUCGUUACCGACCCGGCCCGUCAGCAAGAGCUCGGCGGGAUUGUCCAUCUCGACCAUCCGGAGCGUAAGUUGGGGGACUGGGACCGGAAGCCCUACUGCGGAGUUGCUUACAUUGGGGCCUGGGGCAUUGUCGAGGCUCUCCGGAACGGGGCAGAUAUUGUCAUUUGCGGUCGAGUCACAGAUGCUAGCCCCGUCAUUGGGCUGGCCGCCUGGUGGCACAACUGGCCUCACGAUGCAUGGGAUGAGUUGGCUGGCGCCCUCAUCGGUGGACAUCUAAUUGAAUGUGGUCCCUACGUGACCGGCGCCAACUUCUCCGGCGUCAGGCCACGACUAGAGGGCCUUGUGGACUUGGGCUUUCCCAUUGCAGAGAUCGCCAGCGAUGGGACAGUUGUCAUUACGAAACAUCCCGGGACAACGGGAUUCGUGGAUGAGAUGAAUGUGCGCGCACAGUUUCUUUACGAGAUACAAGGGACCCAGUACAUCAAUUCCGACGUGUCUGCCGACAUCACCAACGUCCGGAUUGUGAACACGGAUAAAAAAGAUAGGGUACUAGUGUCGGGAGCCGUAGGAACCCCCCCACCUCCUACCACCAAAGCCAUUGUGGUUGCAAUCGGAGGUUAUCAGGCAGAGACAACCUUCUACAUGAACGGGCUCGACAUCGACGCCAAGGAGCAGUUCAUGCGUCAGCAACUGGAGUACGCCUUCAAGGACGCCAAUUUCUCCGAAUUGAGCAUCGAGAGACACGGUUCUGCUGCCAUGAACCCCCCUCGUCAGUCCCUGGGUACGGUGGGCUAUAGAGUGCUCGUCAAAGCACGGAACAAGGAAGACAUCCGUGAAGACGUGUUCCGAAAACAUGUCUAUGCGCUUCGAAUGCAGUUCUACGCCGGAUACCACAUGUCCCUGGACUUCCGAACAAUGUUGCCCAAGAUGUUUAUGGAGCUAUUCCCGGGCCUGAUCAAUUACACCGAUCUGAAGCACCGAGUCGUCCUGGACGGAAAGGAAAUUGCCAUCAAGCAUCACGGCAUCACCAGACCGCCCCCAGGCAAGAGGCCCAGCAAAGAAACCGACACACCCACGCCACUGGAGACGUUCGGACCGACCAAGUUUGUGCCUCUCGGCUCGGUGGCCCAUGGCAGAUCGGGCGACAAGGGCGACAACUGUAAUGUGGGCCUGUUCGUCCGCAGCAGCGAGGAGUUCAAGUGGCUGCAGUCAUAUCUGACCGUGUCCAAAAUCACCGAGCUCAUGGGCGAGGAUAUCAAGCCAGGCACGACAGUGGAGCGAUGCGAGUUCCCCAACAUUUGGGCCGUCCAUUUCCGGUUCCUCGACUUCCUGGGAGGGGGUGCCGCCAGCAGCACCAGAAUCGACAUGCUGGGCAAAGGGGUGGCCGAAUACUUGAGGAGCAAAUUCGUUGACGUGCCCGUGAAGUUUUUGGACAACCCCAUCAGCGUAGCAUAA